AUGGCAAUUAUCUCUACCCUUUUGUCAGGAUUCUCUGUUGGCGAGUUUAUUUAUAAGGCCUUUAUGGCUUUUGUGUUCUACUGGGGCUUCCAUAUUCUAUCUCAAUUGAUCAUUCCUAAAGAUCCCAAGAUGGUUCCUACUGUCUUCUCUUGGGUUCCCAUCUUGGGUAAUGCUAUUGAAUUUGGAAAAGAUCCCAUCACCUUUCUUCAAAACUGUCAAAAGCAGUAUGGCGAUGUCUUUACUUUCCAACUUUUGAACAAGAAGGUCACUGCUUGUUUGGGCCCUGAUGGCAACCAAUUCGUAUUCAAUGCCAAACAAACUGUCGCCUCUGCUGCUGCUGCUUACAACCACAUGACCAAGUAUGUCUUUGGUGAUGAUAUUGUAUUCGAUGCUCCUCACAGUGUCUUUAUGGAACAAAAGAGAUUCAUCAAGGGCGGUUUGAACAUUGAAACCUUCCGCAAGGACGUGCCUCUUAUUCUUGAUGAAUGCCACAAGUUCUUUGACAAGUUUGAAAAGACUGGCGUCGUCGAUUCUUACAAGAUGUUUGGUUCUCUCAUCAUCAACACUGCCUCUCGCGCUCUUCUUGGCCCUGAAAUCCGUAAUGCUCUUGAUGAUGGUAUUGCUCAGCUUUACUAUGAUUUGGAUCAAGGUUUCCGUCCCAUCAACUUUAUGUUCCCCAACUUGCCUCUCCCUGCUUACCGUAGACGUGAUGAAGCUCGUGAGAAGCUGGCUGUUCUCUAUGAAAAGAUUAUUGAAAACAGACGUUCUGACAAAACUGGCACUCAACACAAUGAUCUUCUUCAAGCUCUCAUGGAUGCUCGUUACAAGGAUGGCUCUGCUCUCCCUGAUCAUCAAAUCUGUGGUAUCUUGACCGCCGCUCUCUUUGGUGGACAACACACAUCUUCUACUACCUCUGCAUGGACUAUCUUAGAGCUCGCUCAUCGUCCUGACGUUGUCAAGGCUGUUCGUCAAGAGAUGAUUGAAAAGCUCGGCUCCCUCCAAGUUGAAUUCACUUACGAUAAUUUGGAAGAACUCACCCUCUUGGAGGACGUUGUCAGAGAAACUCUUCGUCUUCAUCCUCCCAUUUUCAACAUGAUGCGUCGUGUUGUAGCUGACAAGAUGAUCUACGAAAAGUCAGGUCUCGAGAUCCCCAAGGGCAACUUCCUCUGUGCUGCUCCUGGUGUCACUCAAAUUGAUCCCACUUAUUUCCACAACCCUAUGAAGUGGGAGCCCAAGCGUUGGUCUGAAAAGACUGAUCCCGUUCAUCAACUUGAAGUAGGCGAUGAUGCCAACAUUGAUUACGGUUUCGGUGCUGUCGGUAUCUCUUCCCGUAGUCCCUUCCUUCCUUUCGGUGCUGGUCGCCAUCGUUGUAUUGGUGAAAAGUUUGGUUACUUGCAACUCAAGGCUAUCAUCGGUACAUUCAUCAAGAGAUUCGAUUUCGAAGGUUUGACUGAGAACGUCCCUAAGCCUGAUUAUACUUCCAUGGUUGUUGUUCCUGAGGAUAGCAGAAUCCGUUUCACUCGUAGAGACUAG